AUGAGUGCCGGGCUCGGCCGCCUGCUCCGGGCGGGGGGGGACACAUGGCCCCGUGUCCUGGGGAGCCUGUCCAGCCGGGCCGGCCUGCGCGGGGUGAGUGUCUGCUGCAGGACUACAACUCCCAGGAGCCAGGGCUGGCUGAGCAUCAUGGGAAAUGUAGUUCACAGAGUUAUCCAUCCUCAGCCAGUCAGGACAUCCCUGGAGUAAUUAUUACUGGGAUACAGGCCCCCAAUAGCCGGGUCUGGACACCGCCCAGAAAUAAGAAUAAUAAUAAUAUAUAAUAAUAAUAAUAAUAAUAAUAUAUAAUAAUAAUAAUUAUAAUAAUAAUAACAAUAAUAUAAUAAUAUAAUAUAUAAAUAAUAAUAUAUAAUAAUAAUAAUAUAAUAAUAAUAACAAUAAUAUAAUAUAUAAUAUAUAAUAAUAAUAACAAUAAUUAAUAAUAACAAUAAUAUAAUAAUAUAAUAACAAUAAUAUCUGUUUAGCUCCUGUAUACACAUUAAUUACUCAUAAUAAUAAUAAUAAAUAUAAUCUAUAAUAAUAAUAUCUGCUCAGCUCCUGUAUACACAUUAAUUACUCACAAUAAUAAUAAAUAUAAUGUAUAAUAAUAAUAUCUGUUAAGCUCCUGUAUACACAUUAAUUACUCAUAAUAAUAAUAAUAAAUAUAAUGUAUAAUAAUAAUAUCUGUUAAGCUCCUGUAUAGACAUUAAUCGCUCCCACAUCCUGGAAGACCUGUCUUUCUCUGGGAGUGUUUUAUAAUGAACUGACUUUGAGUUUGUUAAAUAACCAGAUCACAGACACUGUGGAAUUCAUGGUUUAUAGAUGUAAAUCUUUAGCACCCUAUUGAAAUCGUGGGUGGCACCCAUAAGGCACUUUUAUCAUCUCUAACUUGUGAGUGCAAUCGACUAUCCGCGUUUUGUCUACAUCAGGCAUUAUUGCACUAUGUGAUACCUUUGUUUUUAGGUACACCAGCAGGAUCCAUAACAUUUUCUGUAUUGUACAUAAGUACUUGAUGUGCCAGGCAUAAUGACACCUUUCCAAAUAGACCUAUUAUUUUAUAUUUAUCCUGUUAAAGAUCUCUAUUUGUGAGUAUAUUGUGUCAUCAGUCUUUUUGUCUAAUCUCAGUUUGUGAAGAGGAGCAAUUUAAUGCAAGUGGACCCUUCAUGGAGAUUAUCACCAGCUUUGUCAUGCCUUGGGUCUAAACCGCCUAAAGGUAUGUAAUAGCCACUGAUCCUAUCCUGACAUCUAGAAGGGUUUAUUUAUCUUGGGCUUCAGUACUGAAAAAUGGCUUGUGUGUUAUUCUGCAAGUGUGUCAUUCCUCCUAUCAUUGCUAUAUCUGUCCUUGGCACCGGCAGUCCGCAUAGAGAAAGCAUACAUAGAUUAUUUCUAUAGCUCCUCCUCAUUUGUAUUGUGUGCCCUGUCUGUGCUGCUGGUGGCCUGUAAACCGGAAUGUGAUGUAAGGUGCAUCACUAAAAUCGGUUAACACAAGUUAUAGGUGAUUUGUAAUUUUUAUUAUUAUUGAGUAAAGUGACUGUAGCCCAUUAAACCCUUCACAUUUUGUAAUGUUUUGUGUAUGUAGGAUUUGAGAAGUUUUUCAAGAGAAAUAAAAAGGAUUCGAGCACUGAAACCCCAGAAAACGUAACAGGUAAUAACGUAUUGGAGUUCUGUAUUAUUUGAAGAGCCACGGUUGCAUACCUCCGGUCUAUAAUAGUUAAUCAUAACUAUCGCAAAAGUUGUUAUUUGGAGAACUUGAUUAAAAUGAUCUUUCGCUGAUAGGCUGUAUCACUCAAUUGUGCUGUUUUUCUCCGUAUGCUGAAUUAAUUUUAUUUCCCCCAGAAAAGGAAAAUGAUUCUGGGUCACAAGGUAGCAAUGGAGGCAGCAAGAAGGAUGAUACAUUAUGGUAUCGGCGGCUGCAGAAGGUAUGUCGGGAGUAAUCUAGAUGCUAUCAAUCAGAUAUUGUUGUUCCGUAAGGCAUUAUCCGUUCCAAGCAGCCACCUUGUAAAUGUGGGCAAAAAGAAAUCCACUUACUACUCCUUAUCUUUCCCUUUGUUCUCGUCAGGGUGACAUCCCUUGGGACGAUAAGGAUUUCCGCAACUUAUUAAUAAUGGCUGCUGGACUUGCCAGUGGAUUUUUCCUGUUUUAUUUGCGAGAUCCUGGGAGAGAAAUCAACUGGAAGGAAUUUGUACACCUGUACCUUGCCAGGGGAGUGGUAAGUGAGCAUUGAAGGAUCAUACUCAGACAUUAGUCCAUGGGUUGUAGUGCUUGGUAUCAUAACUAAAAUAUCAUUUAGGUUGCCGUUUAAGUACAGAUAAUGAAUCCAGCCUGCAAACAAUUUUUCAUUUAGUUAAUUAUUCUGGAAAUGGAUUGAAUAUUCUACAAUAAUACUUUUAUUACAUAUUCCAAGUUAGAAAAUAAAACUACUUACUCUGAGCUAUAAAAUGGUACUGUAACACAUUAUAGAGGCAGGAUCACAGCUGAAUAUUCUAAUCAGAAUUAGCUGCCACGAACACAAUGAUUGUAUUUAGCAAUCACCUUUAUUUAUUGUUUGUCUUUGACUUGCCGCAGGUAGACCGGCUGGAGGUGGUGAACAAGCAGUUUGUAAGAGUGAUUCCGGUACCAGGAGCCACUACCGAGGUGUGAGCAGUGAAUUGUGACGCUUUUCAUGCAUCUUCAUAUUAUUAUUAUUAUUAUUAUUUUAUUUAUAUAGCGCCAUCAGAUUCCGUAGCGCUGUACAAUGGGUGGACUAACCGACAUGUAAUUGUAACCAGACAAUUGGACGCAAAGGAACAGCGAGGUGGAGGGCCCUGCUCAAUGAGUUUACUUUCUAGAGGGAGGAUCAAAAGCCUUUGUUUAUGAGGUUGUGUCUUGCUCCCCAUGAUUAAAUGGGUACCCUGUGGACCCCCUCCCCAGACAGGGAUCAGUCAUGCCUUCACUCUGUUUAUAUUGCAGUCCUGAGACCCCCACUAGGUGUGCUUCCUGAUAUUUCUGAUAAUGUUUAUUGUAUGUGAUGUGAUAGUUUAUAUACUUCUCAUUAAUGUAUGCUGAUUGGAAAUCUGAUAUUGUGACAAACAGAAAUAUGUCUGGUUUAACAUCGGAAGCGUGGACAGCUUGGAACGCAAUCUGGAAGCUGCGCAACAAGAACUGGGAAUAGAAACAGCGCAGAGAGUUACAGUCAUAUAUUCCUCCGAGAGCGAUGGGUGAGUAAGGUUGGGAACGUUGGCUUUCUCAUUGCCGCCAUGGGGCAUCCUGACUUGUGCCACAAAUCUGAUGGCUUAUCUAAUGUGUAUUAGUGAAAAUUAGUUGUGUGCCCACGCUGGUCAGUAAAUGCGCUUUAUAUUUGAAUAAGGUUACAGUGAGUAAAAAAGCACAGAGAUAAAAAGAUACUAAAUUAAAGAUAUGUGCUGCCAUAAUGAACCCUGGCAAACUGUCUAUAAAGUUCCAGAGCUUGCAUUCUGAAUAUAUUUGCACACAUUUUCUUUCUAUAUAGUGAACGAGCUAUAUGUAAAUAUGUUCAUAGUGAGUAUAAAACAUAAGCAAAUAAUGCCAUCCCCUUCUUACGCUAUACAGGUCUUUCCUAAUGAGCAUCAUCCCUACUCUCCUCCUCGUGGGCUUCCUACUGUUUUCCCUACGGAGGGGUGCCAUGGGGCCAGGCCGGGGGGGAAGAGGUGGUGGAUUAUUUGGGGUUGGAGAGACGACGGCCAAGAUGUUAAAGGGCAACAUUGAUGUAAAAUUUCGGGAUGUGGCUGGAUGCGAGGAAGCAAAGCUUGAGAUAAUGGAGUUUGUGAAUUUCCUUAAAAAUCCCAGACAGUAUCUGGAUCUUGGAGCCAAAAUUCCCAGGGUGAGUACUGUAUAGGAUAUAUAUUUUAAAGUGUAUAUAUGAAGACAACUCCGGCUUUUCAGAAGCUUGGAUAAAAACAGACACGUUUGCAUUAAAAAUCCGCCAUUUUCCCCAGCUAGUAAUCAUUGGAUAAACAUGUAGCUCAUUUCGCAGUGCUUGUAUGUCUCUGUAAAUAGCAGCAGUACAGUUUACUGUAAAGAGACUGCAGUCUAAUUGUUUAUUCUCCCUUUUAUCGUCUUUUGCUAUAUUUUUCCUUGUUAUCCCUUACAUGUAGCAUCCUAUAUUCACACUCUCUUUUAGGGAGCUAUGCUUACCGGCCCGCCAGGCACCGGGAAGACCUUACUUGCUAAAGCCACAGCUGGAGAAGCCAAUGUGCCUUUUAUCACCGUCAACGGCUCUGAGUUCCUGGAGAUGUUUGUUGGUGUUGGUCCAGCCAGGGUAAGGAGUCUGUUUUGGAGUUCACAGGCUGAGCUGGAAUGAAUAUAUAUAUAUAAUUUUUUUUUCUGCGUCAUUUCCUUGCUCCUAUAGGUGCGGGACAUGUUUGCGAUGGCUCGUAAGAACGCGCCAUGUAUCCUUUUCAUUGAUGAGAUUGAUGCGGUUGGCCGGAAGAGGGGGAGAGGAAACUUUGGUGGGAACAGUGAGCAGGAGAACACUCUGAACCAGUUGCUGGUGGAGAUGGAUGGUAAGUAAAUGGGAUUAUCUACUCCUCUGUCUCAAGGUCAUUAUCCUGUGGGUUAUUGGUAAUGCCUUGCAUUCCCUCCUUAGGGUUUAAUUCCAGCACAAACGUGGUAAUCCUCGCUGGCACAAACAGACCGGAUAUCUUAGACCCUGCCCUGAUGAGACCAGGACGAUUUGAUCGUCAGAUUUACAUUGGUAAACCGAAAACGAAUGUAACUGCAGUUUGGAAAUGUCUGGAUUCCAGGGAAAAGGUUUUAUUUGUUCUUUUCUCUUCCUUCAGGGCCGCCUGAUAUAAAAGGAAGAGCAUCCAUUUUUAAAGUGCACUUACGUCCAUUGAAGCUGUCUGACAGUCUGUGUAAAGAUACUCUGUCCAGAAAGCUGGCCUCCCUGACACCAGGGUUCACAGGUGAGGAAGAAAGUGUUAACAUAGAAGACAGAUUUUGUUAGAUGGUGAGAAUUCUAGGAAUUGUAGUCACAGGCACUACUAAAGGGCUAGGAUUGGAGUCUGCUGAGUUAAAGAGUCUCUAAAUAAGUGAGUGCAACUCUUUAACAUGUUUUAUAACUGCUUGUAUUCCUGUCUGUGUCCAUUUUGCUCAUCUCAGGAGCCGAUAUCGCCAACGUGUGCAAUGAAGCAGCUCUGAUUGCUGCCCGCCAUCUGAAGGAGAACAUAAUCGGGAAACACUUUGAGCAGGCCAUUGAGCGUGUCAUUGGAGGUAAGACAUAUAUUUAUCUGCACAUUCUGCUGCUCACCAGCAGGGGGCCACGUGUCUGACUAUGAUCAUUUAGUAAUAGUUUAUCUAAUCUUUGUACAUAUCUACACAAUGUCAAGGAUGUGUUUUUAUUUUUGUGGUGGGAGGUUGUCCCUCUUUUCAGUGGAUGUGAUUUUCUUUAUCUAGUGUUGACUUGUCUCCUAUUUCAGGACUAGAGAAGAAGACUCAGGUCCUUCAACCAGCAGAGAAGCAAAUCGUGGCAUACCACGAAGCUGGACACGCUGUGGUUGGGUGGUUCUUGGAGCAUGCUGACCCUCUUCUUAAGGUACAUUGAAAGGGAAAUGCAAUAUUCAAGCUUACCCACCGCAGCCAAGAAAAGGCCUGAGUCUGAUCAUUGCAGUCAUGUGAUUGGGACCGGGACAUUGUCCUGAGCACUUUAGACUGAUCAGAGACAUGUGCAGUGCAGCUGUAACAAUGCCUGAAGCCACAAAACCAGCAAUGUCUCCCCUCUCUGAGAGCAGUUAAUCAGAAGGUGCCAUGUGUUGGGUUUGGCAUGCUUGCAGUAGGCACACCUUAAAUUGAGUCAGGGGAAGGAAUAUUGGUACAGGUGGACAGCUUCUUAGCUGCUCAUGUGAAGCAACGCUGAGGGCGAAUGCACAUAGAGCACUGUGGGAGGAAUGUCUGAAUGUGUAUGCAUGCAUUCGGCAAUUUAGAAUCUGAUCCAGAGCAUAGUUGGUGAAUCAUUGUAGGAGACUAGUGCUAGAACCUAAAAGGACGCCUGGUGAACCAUUCAUUUCAUUUAUUGGGGUGAAGAACAGUCUGCAUCGGAGAAGUGACUGCUAUGUGCUGAUGGUGUGCGACUGAAUGGAGUGCUGUUUCCUCUGACUCUAUUUGAAUUAAUGGGAAGAUUGUUGCUGCAGUUCAUUCGUUCUUUGUUUUUUUCCUAAACUGAGGGGAGUUAACUUUUCCAAAAAUCUACCUCCAUCCCUCCUUCUCCGUGUAUGUUAGGUUUCUAUUAUUCCUCGUGGGAAGGGCUUGGGUUAUGCCCAGUAUCUCCCUAAGGAGCAGUACCUGUACACACGGGAGCAGCUGUUUGACCGCAUGUGCAUGAUGCUCGGAGGACGUGUGUCUGAGCAGCUAUUCUUCGGCCGCAUUACCACGGGGGCCCAGGAUGACCUAAAGAAAGUCACGCAGAGUGCAUACGCACAGGUGAGAAAACAGGGACCGGCUUCCAUAAUUACAAUGUGUGAGAUUCUUCCUCAGUAUGACUUCCGGUCUUCUCCCUCAGAUUGUGCAGUUUGGGAUGAGCGACAAGGUGGGCCAGGUAUCCUUCGACCUUCCGCGUCAGGGAGAAAUGGUAGCGGAGAAACCUUACAGCGAAGCUACGGCAGAGCUCAUAGACCAGGAGGCACGGGAUCUAAUUAACACAGCCUAUGAGAGGACUCUGGAGCUUCUAACUAGAUACAAAGAGCAGGUGGACACGGUAAGGAGAAGCUAAGACCCUAAAAAAAACACUUUAUUUUUUUUUUCCCGCAUUUAUAUUGAUGGUUCAUUGAGAAACCUGAAUUUGUCUGAGACAGUCUGCAGAAAGCCAGUUAUUCUUUUAUUAAUAUAUAUUGCGUAUGCUAUUACUGUAACAUUUAUCUACAGUCACUUUGAUGGACCAAUAAGAUCUAUCUGUGUAGCAUGAACUGAAAACUGUGCUCAAACCCAGAUGUAACAUAUAAACACUGCCAGCUAGUGGAGGAAACCUGCAGAUAAUACACAUUCAGCUGUGUUUACGGUAACAAAAAAUAAAGGAUUUUCAAUAAAAUGUUAAGUUUUCUUAAAUAUAAAAAAAAGGUUUUAUUGGCAAGAUAAUAAAAUACCAAAAAGCCAAUGGCGAUUACCGUUUCAAAGAAGAAUAACUAUAUACACUGUAACAGAAUAUUUGCAAUGGAGAGUAUUUAGAACAGAAGUCUGUUAUUUGAUGUUGGAGAGAGGAAGACAUGGUGUGACGCUCUAACAAGGCUAUUCUCUAGAGACUGUGAGAAGUAAAACACAAACAAGUGGAAUUAAAAAUAUGUACAGCAUCUCACAAAAGUGAGUGCACCCCUCCCAUUUUUGUAAAUAUUUUAUAUCUUUUCAUGUGACAACACUGAAGAAAUGCCACCCUGCUACAAUGAAAAGCAGUAAGUGUACAGCCUGUAUAACAGGGUAAAUUUGCUGUCCCCUCAAAAUAACUCAACACACAGCCAUUAAUGUCUAAACCGUUGGCAACAAAAGUGAGUACACCCCUAAGUGGAAAUGUCCAAAUUGGGCCCAGUUAGCCAUUUUCUCUCCCCGGUGUCAUGUGAUUCAGUGUUACAAGGUCUCAGGUGUGAAUGGGGAGCAGGUGUGUUAAAUUUGGUUUUAUCGUUCUCACACAAGUUCAGCCUUAGACCUCAUGGCAAAGAACUAUCUGAGGAUCUGAAAAAAAUAAUUAUUGCUCUACAUAAAGAUGGCGUAGGCUAUAAGCUGAUUGCCAAGACCCUGAAACUGAGCAUGGUGUGCAAGACCAUACAGUGAAAUACUGUGUGCAUCGAUAUUGGGUGUUUAAUCAGGCUACUGUUACAGUUUUGUCAUAAAUAUAAACAUAAAAUGACUUGCUUCGCUCUGUCCGCCAUGCUGGUGUUACAGCUGCCUCCACUCAUACGGCCAGAUAAAAGGGGAAAAAGACUGUCUGGUGGCAGCAGUUCCUCCACUGACCUCCUUGGAACUAUUCUCUUCAAUGAUACAAUGUUACAGCUUUUUAUAUCCAUUUGUUACGUUGGUGAUGUUCAAAAAUGCAUCUUUACUUUAAGAAUAGUCUAUACCUUGUACAGCCUUCCAGUGAAAGUGUUAAAGGUAAAGGAACUCUAUAGGCACCAAGACCACUUCAGCUCAUUGAGCGAGGGGGACACUAUAGGCACCAAGAUCACUUCAGCUCAUUGAGCGAGGGGGACACUAUAGGCACCAAGACCACUUCAGCUCAUUGAGCGAGGGGGACGCUAUAGGCACCAAGAUCACUUCAGCUCAUUGGCUCAUUGAGCGAGGGGGACACUAUAGGCACCAAGACCACUUCAGCUCAUUGAGCGAGGGGGACACUAUAGGCACCAAGACCACUUCAGCUCAUUGAGCGAGGGGGACAGUAUAGGCACCAAGACCACUUCAGCUCAUUGAGCGAGGGGGAUACUAUAGGCACCAAGACUAGUUCAGCCCUUUGAAGUGGUCUGGGUGCUGUGUCACUUUUGCACUUAGUGCUGCAAUGUAAAACAUUGAGUUCCAGAGAAACUGCAAUGAUUAAAUUAUAGCUCUAAGCCUGCCCUCAGUAGCUGUUUGGCCUUUGGUCUGUUAUCUGAUGCUGGACGUCCUCAUUGAAUAAUGCUUUCCCAUUGCUGCGCGUGCGCACUUGGUCUACCCAGCCGGCUGACGUCGGCGGGGGAGAGCGUGGGUGGAUCCAGACCCAGCACCGAGGGACAUCGUUGCUGGAUUUAGAUAAGUGGCCGAAGGGGUGUUAGCCUUGCCGAAGGGGUGGUGAAGGAGGGGGGACCUUAGAAAUCUAUAGUGCCAAGAAAACGGCUUUGUUUUCCUGGCACUAUAAGAUCCUUUUAACAACGUACAAGAACCCUGAUGUUGGUCAGACUAGAUUGGCUUGUCGGGCUGUCCUCGGCUAGGAUUUUAAUAUAAGGAUACUGUAUGCACUGUAACUGCUUCAUCUCAUUGAACUGGUUAUAGUGUCUGGGGUCCCUUGGUAACAUAAUGUCAUUCGGCAUCAAACAGUUGUUAAUGUUUUCAUGCUAAACUGGACAAAGUAGAUACAGUGCCUACAGCAUCAAUGCUGAUAUUUUGUCUGUGCAGCUGUGAUUGGCUGAGAGUGUCAGCUGAUUGCUUUUAGCUUAUCAGAGUUCCAAUUGACAGAAUGAAGCGUAUGGCUACAAGGAAGUGUGUAAUCUCUGCCUAGCCACACCUCCAGUGGGGGCUGGAAUGUUGGUGGGCAGGGAUCCUUAUUUAGUGUUAAACUGCUAGAAAAUGGAACUUCAGGCACCAUAACUAAUUUAAACAGAUUAAAUAGUGACUACAGUGUCCCUUUAUGUUAUGUUAUUCUGAUAAUUUAUUUAUAAAGAACCAAUAUCUUUGGCCUGCCUGGUACAUGUGGAUGCAGUGAAUUCAUAAUACAAUGACAAUGUAGGCAUUAUUAUAAAAGCUUGCAAUCUGUACAUCAUACUUUAUUUGCCACCGACAGGUUGGGAAGCGACUUCUGGAGAAGGAAGUGCUGGAGAAGUCAGACAUGAUUGAACUAUUGGGUCCAAGACCGUUUGCAGAGAAGUCUUCGUAUGAAGAGUUUGUGGAGGGGACAGGCAGCUUUGAGGAGGACACCUCGCUUCCGGAUGGUCUGAAGGACUGGAACCAAGAGGUGACAGAGGAUCAGGAGCCAAAGAGACAGGAGAACACAUCCUAACAGACUGCAAUGGACUCUCCAUUACAAUGUUCCUAAGUGGGAGUUUCUUCUCAGGGACGAUAUCUGCUUUAGAAAGGGGCCUGAUCGUUCCCUUUAUGUAUGUGUAACAUCUUACCGGCAGUGCCUCAAGACAACUUACCACUGCUGGAUUCCUCCUUCAUUAGAGCACUUUGUGACACUCUCACAUCAUGGUAAAUGUGGGCUAAAGCUCAGUUCUGGUACCAAUCUGCGAUGUUGUACUACACAUGGGAUAGCUGCCUGGCCAAGAUAUUAAAUAUAAUGUCAUGAGCUGUAUUUUCACUUCGACUCCCAGCCGGCUGAGCUAUACCAAUAAAAUGAUAUCAUGCAGUGGAAUCCUAUUCAUUUAUCAGGAACAAUGAUUGCAGAUGAACAAUUUUCUACCAGUUGUACAUUCCUGUCCAUGGUUCUGAAUAUUUGUAUGGUGUUUGCCAUGCAGCAGCUGUGUGCAAUGGUAGCCGUAAGGCUGGCAGAGCAUUACAGGUGUUGUAGUUCAUAACUAGUGGGGGUUCUAUCUUUACGCCCUUCUUGGUGUACAUACCAUUAUUUUGGUGGUCUUUCUAUCACUGCAUAUAAACCGUCACCCAUGCUCUGUGACGGUCACAUAGACUAGGACAGGGUCAGCACCCGGGCGGUGUCUGUACAAGGUUACGUAUAAUCAAACUGUACAGUGCUUUACUGCUGAAUUAUUCUAUAUAAAUCAUAAAAACAGACAAGUUGUGUCCUGUGUUAUAUGCUCUAAAUCUACACCCAUAGGUAGGGUUAGUUACUAGCUCAGAAUUGUAGCUAAUUUAGAGCCAGCUGGAAAAUAUUUAGGCAAAAACAGGUGGUCUGAAAAUUUCUCCAACUCUGCUCCAGGCACAGCGGACUGUUUGUAAUCCAGAUCUCAGUCCAUUACAAUUUGGAGUUUAGUUAUUAUCCCUGAGCGAAUGGUUAGGUCUUCGUUGAAUCUGUAUCGGAGUGCUUUCCAUACUGUUUAAACCGUCUAUUAUAACUUACCCUGUCAGAAUAACCUGUACCUGAAUGUAUGAUCGGUACAAAACACAGAACAUCUCUGUAACGUUGAAUAUACACUUAGUUUACAGGAUGUUCCUGGGUCUAGAGGAGACGAGGAAACUGCUCCCACAGGUACUCCUUGUAAAAUAUGAAUGCUACCGGUUUAAUAGAUAAAUAGAUUUAGUGCAUAACUUGGAGACCAGUUAAGAGAGGGUUUCCUCUACGGGCGUUUGUGAGAAAUCCAGUACAGAUACCAUCAAGAGCCUUUUAUAGAGAAUUCAACAACAACAAAAAGUGCAGUUUUCAUAGAACCAAAAUGUUGGUGUAAACAAUAGUGUUUUUUUUGUUUGUUUUUAAUGAUGGAUCAGUUGCAAAUGCUUCUAGGGAACACUAUUCAGAUCUCUUUUGUAAUGCAGUAGGACCCUAAUUAGUCUAUAACGCUACAUAUCUCUUUGUAUGAGCACUGCGGUUUGAAAUGAUCCAGUAGCAUAUUGCUAGCAGUUGUGUUCCCUGUGCUAUCAGGGUUCUGGGUUAUAUGUCAAAGCCGAUUGUAGAAAAUCCAAGCUCCAUACAUUGCUGCAGUGACUUGCGCAUGCAGAGCAGGCCUCUCGGUACUUGGUGUUCGAGGGCCCCUUGCUUCUGGUAAAUAAUGCAUUAACUGUUUCAGUCGCUGUAUUCUGUCCCUCUGAUCCCCGUUUAGAGUCGCUUUGUUCGGAGCGCUCCAAUUCAAACAGACAGCCUAGGCCUUAAAACGGCCUCUCCUUUCCUGUUGAGUAGUUCAUGAAUUAGUAAUUCUGCCUCCUGGAUCUAAGAACCCUUCUCUACCUUCCAACAACAUUGUCACAAAUUAUUUAUAAGACCCAGUCGCUCCUUUUACAUACACUCCUAGCUCACUGAGCAGAUACAAAGGAGAUUAGCUCAGACUUUCACAGCAAAAUAACAAUUAAACAGGAAAGGGGCCAAGAAGCGAUGGUUAAAACACCAACAAUAAGCACUUCUUGUAAAAACAGCGCCUGUUACUGUCAGACUCUGCUCUGCCGGCAGUUUGGGCUCUGUCAAUGUCCAUUCGGAUGAAUACAUCUUAUCAUUAGAACUGAAUGGAAUCCUUGAUUCAUCACCUACAUAGUCUGCAGCACUGUACAAAGAAUAUAAGUGGGGAAAUUGCAGUAUGUACUGAGGCGUACUGAUGCAGAAGGAUUAGGAACUGCUUAGAAGUGGAGCUUUCUCAUCAAGUACACAAACACCUCUGUUUACAUAAUAUAAAAUAUAAGAUUUUUAUAGGAAAUAUUCCAAAUUCAAAAAAUGAUGGACGAGAAAUAAGCUCCUCUUCGUAUAUGUCUUUUGUUUUGUUUAAGGAAGGUGUAUUUGGAAUGGUUAUACGUGAAUUUUAGCAGCAUCUAAAAAUUAAAGUCACAGCAAAGGUGAAUUAUUUGUUGGAAUUGAGAGCCGAGUCUGUCACGGCCUGCCUAGAGUAAUUGGACUAUUUGGUUUUUCUUCCAGGGGGUGAGGGCGGCACUGAUAGAGUUAAAGGAACCAAAUAUUAGUUUAAAUGUUGGAAUAUUCGUUUUAAAAUCCCGAGAACCCUGCCCUUGCUCCUCUCCAUAUUGAUUUUUUUCUUGUGUCAGACAAGCCUGGCUGCCAUUCAUUUUCAGCUUGUUUGGUCUGUGUCCUUCAGAAUCUCGCUGCGGCCAUGAUAUCUGUUCGGGGGUUCAGUGAAUAGCCCCCAAUGUUAAAGUCACACUGUAUACACCGAAAUGACCUGUUCACUCCUGAAAGCUGAUUUUAGAAAAAUAUUCUGUGAAUGGGUCCAUGCUUAGAAUGGUGUUACAUUUAAUUAUUGCCUUUUUUUUCUGGUUAGUUUUUUGUGCUUUCUCUAGGACAAAGUUGUUAAAUUCUAAGAGAACAUUUUAUGUGUUUUUUUUUUUUCUUCUUUUCUGCCUCAGUUUUAUUCUGUCACGAGUAAUGUGCGAUGGAAGGGUUAAACAAAAAAUGGCUACUUUUUCCUACAUUUAUAUUAGAAUCAACUGAUAGCUUGUGUUUAGACUAAACAAACGUAAAACAAAAUCCAUUUAAGUCUAUUUAAAAUGACCGGGUUUGUAUAUAUGUGUAAAAAUAUGGAUUCUGGAUCUACAGUGUGUUCACAUCUUAUCUUAUCAUUAAAUUAAUCUUGGGUUACACUGUAGACUUUUUCUGUCUUUGACCUUGAUUUAAUAUUUUUGGAUAAACUUUUAAAAUGAUUUAAUAGUUUGAAAAUGUUAUAUGUUGUGUAUAUCAACGUAGAAUUCACCAUCCUGCAUUACAAACCCCAUCAGAUAUUUUUGUUUUGUUUAAUUUGCUUCUGUUGCUGUGUUUGUGACAAGCGUUAUAAAAUCUAUAUCGUCUACUUUGUGUGCCCGUCCUGAUUCAGCUUUAUCUGCGAAGGUCAGCUGACGGCAGCAGAGCCUCCCCGAGGGCACCUGGCGCUUUUAACGCACGAUUUGCUCGUGUUGUGUAACUGCAGUGCCGUGACGUCUGUAUUUAUACACACAGGACUGUCUGGGGCGUUUGAGAUCUCAUGCCAGCCCCGGGCAGCCUCCUGGAUACAGCCAGGGGAAUCGCUCCCUGUGUUAAUGUCUCAAAUGAUCCAUUAAGGCAGUGGGCCCCUUCUCCAAACCACACUCUAUGUUACACAACCCUCCCGAAUUGCUGAAUCCUGUGAACGAGAAGCUUUAAUUCCCUGGCAGCAGUUACUGUGUUAGAACAAUGUAUAUUCUGCAGAAUUGUUUGUAGACUGGGCAUGGAGUGUGGGGUUUGCAGCAAAGAAGAUCUGAUGCUGGACUCGGGAUGAGAUGGAGGAGACUUGCUGGAAUAAGAGCCCGUGGGGUAUAUAACCCCAUUUAGUGGGGAUAUUUACAGGCUUCUUCAGUAGACUCCGGAUUGUAGCAAGUUAUGAUACCAGAUCUGUCACAGAUAAGGGGAGAAUCUGACAUUUACAGAGUUACAGAAAACUAUUGUGUGAAUGGUUGGGAAUUUAAAAAUGUCACAUUUAAGACAGAUGUUUCAAGUCCAGAUAUUGUUGGCAUAAACUUGAAAGUCACUUGGAAUUCCCAUUAAUUCACACUUUAGUAAUCAACCUUUCUAGGGUAACUUCCUAAAGCAAUAAUUCAGAGUAAAUACAACGAGAACUUUAAAUGUAAGGACAAACUAAAGCUCAGUUCUGGUACCAAUCUGCGAUGUUGUACUACACAUGGGAUAGCUGCCUGGCCAAGAUAUUAAAUAUAAUGUCAUGAGCUGUAUUUUCACUAUAGAAAAUGAACAGACCACAGAUGGAUAUAAGAGAAACAUAGAAACAUAGAAUGUGACGGCAGACAAGAACCAUUCGGCCCAUCUAGUCUGCCCAAUUUUCUAAAUACUUUCAUUAGUCCCUGGCCUUAUCUUAUAGUUAGGAUAGCCUUAUGCCUAUCCCACGCAUGCUUAAACUCCUUUACUGUGUUAACCUCUACCACUUCAGCUGGAAGGCUAUUCCAUGCAUCCACUACCCUCUCAGUAAAGUAAUACUUCCUGAUAUUAUUUUUAAACCUUUGUCCCUCUAAUUUAAGACUAUGUCCUCUUGUUGUGGUAGUUUUUCUUCUUUUAAAUAUAGUCUCCUCCUUUACUGUGUUGAUUCCCUUUAUAUAUUUAAAUGUUUCUAUCAUAUCCCCCCUGUCUCGUCUUUCCUCCAAGCUAUACAUGUUAAGAUCCUUUAACCUUUCCUGGUAAGUUUUAUCCCGCAAUCCAUGAACCAGUUUAGUAGCCCUUCUCUGAACCCUCUCUAAGGUAUCAAUAUCCUUCUGAAGAUACGGUCUCCAGUACUGUGUACAAUACUCCAAGUGAGGUCUCACCAGUGUUCUGUACAAUGGCAUGAGCACUUCCCUCUUUCUACUGCUAAUACCUCUCCCUAUACAACCAAGCAUUCUGCUAGCAUUUCCUGCUGCUCUAUUACAUUGUCUGCCUACCUUUAAGUCAUCAGAAAUAAUCACCCCUAAAUCCCUUUAGGUUGGUGGAAUCUGUAAUGACACGCAAUGGGCACAGCGGGAAAGCCAUUUUGGUUCUUUGAUAAUCAGAUCUUUGGCAUUAGUUAAAGACACCCAGCGGGCACACAGGAUGACAUUAGAUAAAGACACCCAGCAGGCACACAGACUGGCAUUAGACACCCAGCGACCACACAGACUGGCAUUAGUUAAAGAAACCCAGUGGACACACAGACUGGCAUUAGUUAAAUACACCCAGCAGGCACAAAGACUGGCAUUAGUCAAAGAUACCCAGUGGGCACACAGACUGGCAUUCAUUAAAGAAACCCAGCGGGCACACAGGAUGGCAUUAGAUAAAGAAACACAGCUGGCACACACACUGGCAUUAGUUAGACACCCAGCAGGCACACAGACUGGCAUUAGUUAAAGACACCCACCGGGCACACAGACUGGCACUAGUUAAAGACACCCACCAGGCACACAGACUGGCAUUAGACACCCAGCGGCCACACAGACUGGCAUUAGUUAAAGAAACCCAGUGGACACACAGACUGGCAUUAGUUAAAUACACCCAGCAGGCACAAAGACUGGCAUUAGUCAAAGAUACCCAGUGGGCACACAGACUGGCAUUCAUUAAAGAAACCCAGCGGGCACACAGGAUGGCAUUAGAUAAAGAAACACAGCUGGCACACACACUGGCAUUAGUUAAAGACACCCAGCAGGCACACAGACUGGCAUUAGUUAAAGACACCCACCGGGCACACAGACUGGCAUUAGUUAAAGAAACCCAGUGGGCACACAGACUGGCAUUAGUUAAAGACACCCACCGGGCACACAGACUGGCAUUAGUUAAAGAAACCCAGUGGGAAAACAGACUGGCAUUGGUUAAAGACACCUGGUGGGCACACAGGAUGACAUUAAAGACACUCAGCGGGCACACAGGAUGGCAUUAGAGAAAGACACCCAGUGGGCACACAGGAUGGCACUGCUUAGUUUUGUUCUUUAAUGAAUAUUACACAGAAAGUUGCUACAUCACAGUGUGACAAACUGCUGUCACUUAUUACAUUUUUGGACUAGAUCCCGGUGGAUUUCCGCCCUCACAGUGUUAUUCCAAUUACUUACAGCCACGUACCGUCUACCUGAAACACGUGUUGCCUAGAAACAUUGGUUCCUGUCCCCGGGCGACAGAACACGGCAGCAAAACAAACUGCUGACUUGUGCUGCCUUGCAGCAUUCUGCUAGCUGUUUAGAUGCUCGGGAGGAAAUCAAUAGAUCGUGCAUGUCUGUGGUACAGCAAUGUUUAACCCGUCAAUGCCCACUAUGAUGCUCUUCAAACCUCAUUAUCAAUUUGAAACCAGAACUGUUCUUUUGCCCAGCCCGGUAGGAGGCCCCAAGUUCUCUGUGUAAAGUGUCCCCUUGCACUGCCACUGGUUCCCGCUAACAGUGACCAGAGGGUAGGGCUCUGGGGCCUUCAACAAGGUAAAUAUUGGACCAGAUCAUGUUUUGUGCAUGCGCCAUGGUCCAGUGCAUCUUCUGGAGGUUCAAGAUUCUAACACACAGUUUAUGCCAAGUGAAUGCUCUCUUCCAUUGGUGAUACUUGGGAAAUCCUGUGUCGGGAACAAAACGUCCUUUGAACCUUUGACGCAGUGAAUCCUUUGUAUUGGACAUGAUGAUCCCAGCUAAACCUCUUCCUGGUGGGGCCAUGUGCUGAGGUGGGAUUAUUCAGCAAGGCCAGAAUACGCUGCUUCCCCCAAUGCCUUCUGGAUAGCAAGUCAUGAUUUGCAGAGU